ACCGUGGAGGAUAAAGUAGUUGAAACCGCCAAACGAAAACUACAAAAAUGGGUCGUUGCUGAAGAAGUUGCAUUGGCCAGGGCUUGGUGUGAACAAUCUCAACAUUCAACUUUAGGAAAUUCGCAACAUCGAACCGCCCUGUGGGAAUCGGUUAGUAGACUAUUCCAUCAAGAAAUGGGUAGGGAGACCUAUCGUGAAAACGAUAGCUUAUCCUCAAAGUGGAGCGAGAUAAGCACCCAACUUACAAAAUUUAGUGGUUUUUUAAAUAAAGCAAAGCAAAACCCUAAAAGUGGUGAAACCGAAGCCGUCAUUUUGACAAAUGCAGUGGUCACAUUCAAAUCAAAUAUGAAGACCGACUUCCGUUUCAUGCAUUGUUGGGAGAUUUGUAAGUUCCAUCCAAAGUGGGCGACUAUCCCCAUUGGUAGCGAAACUAACUCGUCUUCCAAAAGGUCAAGGGUCUCGUCCAAGCCCAAUCUGAUGCACGAGAUCAAGAGUUUGAGGACCUUUUGGAUGAUUCGCCAAACCCAAACCGGCCUGAGUAUGGAAGAAAUGCCUCAAGAAGGCGUGCUCAAAAAUCUAGAUCUGAUACGGCAUCGCCUUCAGCUGGGAGUUCUGGCUCGCGUAGGGGAAUAUACAGCGAGCAGUUGGAUGACAUUUCAUGCAAGUUGGAUACAUUCAACGUAUUCCAACAACAAAGGGCCGAAAUACGAAGGAGCAAAAAAGCUAGAGAUGCCACUAGAGAUGCCCAGAAACAAAAACGGGAUGAUUUGA